AUGGAAACCGGCCAUUAUCACGAAUGGGCGACACUAUUCAAAGUUCUAGCCCGCGUCCACUCCGUACUUGAACACAUCAUACCACCAACUGACACCACUGAACUCACCGCGUACAACGCAACAAAGGCGGCUAACCUUCCGCUCUGGAAACGGCUAGAUGCGGUGGUCCUUCAAUGGAUAUACGCCACCGUCUCCCAUGAUAUUCUUACCUCUAUUCUCGUGGCGGAUGAUGUUGCAGAGAAGGCUUGGAAUCGAGUUGCUCAACUUUUCCAAGAUAACAAGCACUCAAGGGCAGCGUACCUUGAAACUGAAUUCACCACCACAAAAAUAGCCGACUUCGGCUCGGUUAUGGUCUAUUAUAAUAGGCUCAAGUCUCUCACGGAUCAGCUUGCCAACGUGGGGUCGCCGGUGUCCGACUAA